AUGCCCUCUCGACGAGCAUCCGCCAACGUCUUUUUCCGACAAUGGAUCCGGACCGUGUGGCCCGACCUCCUCGCCAUGGCCACUGUCGGCGCCGUAGCCAUGACCAUCUACUACGCGCCCAUCCCGUCCACGCGCACGUUCCCCAUCACCUUUGACCACUCGGGCGACAUUGUCUACCCGCAAUGGGCCUACCCCUACCGCGGCUGGAUCAUGCCGGCCAACCAGGCCGGCGCGCUCUCCCUCGGCGGGCCCAUGCUCGUCUACCUCGCCGCGCAGGCCCGCGUCCGCAGCGCCUGGGACGCCAGCAACGCCGUCCUCGGCACCGCCUGGGCCGCCCUGCUCGGCUCGCUCUUCCAGGUCGUCCUCAAGCAGCUCAUCGGCGGCUUCCGCCCCUACUUUCUCGCCGUCUGCAUGCCCGACCCGGCCCUGGCAGCCCUGCCCGGCCACAACACCACCGGCCUCAACGGCGUCGGCUUCCAGCGCGUCAUGUACACGACCGAGAUCUGCACCCAGCCGGACCCCUGGGUGCUCAAGAACGCCAUCACCUCGUUUCCCAGCGGCCACGCCACCGCCGCCUUUGCCGGGUUCGGCUUCCUCUUCCUCUGGACGCACGCCAAGCUCAAGGUCUGGGCGGACCAUCGCCCGGCGUUUUGGAAGCUCGCGCUCACGCUGCUGCCGCUGCUGAUUGCCGUGACAAUGGCCUGCGCGCUGACGGUGGAUGCGGCGCACAACUGGUACGACAUUGCGGCGGGCGCCACGAUUGGCAUGGCCAUGGCGCUGGCGUCGUACCGCUCCUCGUACGCGGCGGUUUGGGACUGGCGGUAUAACCAUAUCCCGCUGCUUCCGGGACAGCCGUUCUCGUACGAUGCCGAGGGCGAGGCGGACCACGUGGCCAUAACCAUCUCGCAGACGGCGGGUUGGGGCGCGGCGAAGACGAGCUGGCUGUCGGAGGAGGAGCCCCGUGGCAGCGGUGCGGUGGGCAGACGGACGUUUGGCUGGCACGAUGGCGACGAUGCACAUUCGCAGAGCACGUUGGCAAACGGUGCAAGUUCACAAACCGCGGCAAAUGCUGUGUAG